UUUUUGGGGGGGGGGUGUUGUCACUCCUGAACAUAUUUGGUUGUUGAGCAACUGGGUUUGUUUCAGGGCCACGCAUGUUUUUUUUUUUUUUUUUUAAAUAAACUUAGUCCAGAGUCCAAAAGGACACCUGAAAACCAAACAUGGCUGAUUUCUGCCACUGUUAGAAUCCAAUAAAAAGAGGGCUCGUGGUUUAAACUGACAGACCUGGAGGCAAGAUUGUUAGAAGAGAAAAGAACAUUUUCUCACGCGAACAUGCUUUGCCAUCUUUUCGUGGUUUUGCUGUCCCUCAAAAUUGUUCGCGGCGAUGUGACUCUUCAGUGGGCCGCUAAUGCCACAGCGCCUGAUGCAAUCCGAGCCCGACAGCAGGAGAUCAUCGAAGUCACCCAGAAGCUAAUGACAGCCAUCACCAACAGCGACUUCCAAGGCUACAAGGAAUUGUGCGAUCCGGGACUCACCAGCUUUGAGCCCGAAGGCCUGGGCAUCUUGGUGCAGAGCAUGGAGUUCCAUGAGUUCUUCAUGGUAAACGUGCUGAACGCAAGGAUCCAUAACACGCUGAUCGCGGAGCCCCGUGUGCACCUGCUGGGCGACGACGCCGCCUGCAUCGCCUACAUCCGUCUGACCCAGACCAUGGACGAGAACCUGCGGGCGAGAGUGGCCAAGGCGGAGGAGACGCGCGUGUGGCACCGACGCAACGGCAGCUGGGUCAACGUCCACUUCCAUCGCUCGGGCUCCACUUUUCUGCACACAAACUAA